AUGGUCGUCGAUCCGCCGCAGAAGAGGAGGGCGAGCGGGUUUAGGAGGGUUAGGGAUCAGAGGGAUUUGAGGCCGCAUGUGAAUCCGAGGCCGGGGGGACGGAGGGUCGACGCUGCUGGGCAGUUUUUGUCGCCCCUCCGUCAAUUGACGACGAACAUCAUCGACACGUACCGCAUUGCGAACCCGCAGUUCAAGUAUGAAUCGGCGACGAACCCGAGGAGGGUGCUCACCAAGCCGAGCAAGCCGUCGCAUAACGAAGGGUACGAUAACGAGGAUUAUGAUUAUAUCCUGUAUGUGAACGAUUGGCUGGGAACGGAGGAGGGACAUAAGUAUCUCAUCCUGGAUGUGCUCGGGCAGGGGACGUUCGGACAGGUGGUGAAAUGUCAGGAUAUGAAGACGCAUGAUGUCGUCGCUGUGAAAGUCGUGAAGAACAAGCCGGCGUAUUUUAACCAGUCGAUGAUGGAGGUGACGAUCCUCGAAAUGCUCAACACCCAAUGCGACCCGCACGACGAACACCACAUCCUCCGCCUAAAAGACUCCUUCAUCCAUCGAAGUCAUCUCUGUCUCGUCUUCGAGCUGCUCUCGUCGAACCUGUACGAGCUCAUCAAGCAGAACCAGUUCCAGGGCCUGAGCACGCAGCUCGUCAAGGUGUUCACGGCGCAGUUGUUGGACGCGAUGUCGAUAUUGAAGGAUGCGAGGUUGAUACAUUGUGAUUUGAAGCCGGAGAAUAUAUUGCUGAAGACACUUCAAUCCCCACAAAUCAAAGUAAUCGAUUUCGGCUCCGCAUGCCACGAACGCCAAACGGUCUACACCUACAUCCAGUCCCGGUUCUAUCGCUCGCCAGAAGUAUUGCUCGGGCUGCCGUACACGGCCGCGAUCGAUAUGUGGUCGUUGGGGUGUAUUGCUGUCGAGCUGUUUUUGGGGCUGCCGUUGUUUCCGGGGACGAGCGAGUAUAAUCAGAUUACGAGGAUUGUGGAGAUGUUGGGACAACCCCCAUCCUACAUGAUGGAAAUGGGCAAACAAACCGGCCAGUUCUUCGACUCGUACGUGGACAUGUACGGCCGGAAGAAGUACAGGUUGAAGAGCCUGGAGCAGUACUCGAGAGAACAUAACACGAACGAGCAGCCGGGGAAGCAGUAUUUCAAGGCGACGUCGUUGCCGGAGAUCGUGAAUGGGGCGCCGAUGCCGGCUUUUAAGACGGGGAGGCAGGGGGUGGAGAUGGAGAAAGAGCUCAACAACCGGCAGUCGUUCAUCGAUUUCUGUCAGGGGCUGCUGAAUAUGAACCCGAUCGAGAGGUGGUCGCCACAGCAGGCGAGGCUGCAUCCGUUUAUUACGGGCGAAAAAUGGACGAAGCCGUUCGUGGUGCGUUUUUCCUCCUCCUUCUCUUCUUUCCAUUAG